CCACCCAACAUAGAAAUGAUCAGUUGUUUAAUUAUGGCAGCCUCCAUCGUGAAAAGUGGGGGUUCAACAAAAUUACGAUUAUUUUAUAAUUGCGCCACACAAUCGCACAGUAAAACAGGCGUAGUAAAAAAGUGUGAGCAUGUACAGUCUUUCUGCACUCAUCGAACAAAUCACCAGUGUGCGCACGAUAAGUCUGGAGAUAAUGUUCCCACGUCAAAGCUUCCGAAGAAAGACACGGCUCGAUAUUAUGGACAGCCGGCCCCACACACGCACCCUCAUCUCUUACAGAACAAAGAGGUCACUCCGGGAAUUGGAAGAUUGGAAUACAGUCACCGGCGGCAGCGUUUCAUCGAGGAGGUGAUCCGGCGGUCGCAGCGCAAGCACGACGCCGUCACGCGGCACAUCGUGCUCAUCCCGAGCGCCGUGCGCCAGUACAUGACCAACGACAUUCCUUACGUCUUUCGUCAGAACACGGACUUCUGGUACAUGUGCGGCUUCCUGGAGCCGGACAGCGUGCUGCUCAUCGAGGCGACGCGCUCGAAGAACAUCACGACGCUGUUCGUGCCGCCGCGCAACGCGAGCCGCGAGUUGUGGGACGGGGCGCGCGCGGGCACGGACGGCGCGCUCGCGCUCACCGGUGUCGACCAGGCGCUCAGCUUUGACGAGCUCGAGAAGUACCUGAAGGCGUACCUGAAGGGCUCGCGCAACUUCGGCAUCUGGUACGACUACGUGGCGCCGGUGAACCCGACGCUGCACAGCAACGUCAUACGCAAGUUCAUCAUGGAGGAGCGGCAGGCGUUCGUCGAGCAGUGCCGGCCGAUCGUGCAGCGGCAGCGGCUCGUCAAGUCGCCGGCCGAGGCCGAGCUGAUGCGACGCACGUGCCAGAUCGCCGCCGAGGCGAUGACCGAGACGAUGAAGUUCUCCUACCCGCAGGUGGACGAACAUUUCCUGUGGGCCAAGAUGGAGUAUGAAUGUAAGAUUAGAGGUGCCAACUAUCUUGCAUAUCCACCAGUCGUAGCUGGCGGAAACCGUGCCAACACAAUCCAUUACAUUAACAACAAUCAGUUGAUACAGGAUGGGCAGCUAGUACUCAUGGAUGGUGGGUGCGAAUUGUUUGGGUACAACAGUGAUCUAACGCGCACAUGGCCGAUCUCUGGAUCAUUCAGUGAGCCUCAGCUCAGUCUGUACGAAGCUGUGCUGGAGGUGCAGAAGUCUUGUCUGAACCUCUGCACGCCGGGAGUCUCUCUUGACUCCCUCUACAAGGAGAUGUGCCUGAUGACGGGAGAGAAGCUCAAACAACUAGGGAUCCUCGCACGUGACCUCAGUGGCAAUGACCUGCUCAAGGCAAUGUAUCCGUACUGUCCGCAUCAUCUGAGCCACUAUCUCGGCAUGGACAUUCACGACUGCAGCGACAUCCCCCGGAGUAUUCCGCUAGAGCCGGGAAUGGUGAUAACGAUAGAGCCAGGCAUCUACGUACCCGAAAAAGACCAGAAUGCACCGGAGGAGUUCCGCGGAAUCGGAAUCCGGAUUGAGGACGACGUGUUGAUAACGGACAACGUUGCGGAGGUGAUGACGAGCGGCUGUCCCAAGCAUCCCGAUCAAAUCGAGCGACUGCAGCAGACACGCCAGUAGGAAAUGAGCGAAUAAUAGUCGGCAGAGAGUCGGGUAUGAGAGCGCAAAGUCAAGGGGUGGGGAGUCUGCAGCACAGGUGGCAGUUGGGAGGAAGCCCUGCAUAAGGGGAUGGUAGUUGGAGGUUGGUCAAGCAGGAGGGGAUUGUAGUUAAAGUGAUUACGUCACCGUAAAUGGUAAAAAUUAAAUUUUUUUCUCCACUUUUUCACAAAAUAUAAGUAAU